AAGGACAGUGGAUGACUCGAAGUAUAUACAGCCUAGUGUGUCGCUAUACGCUAGGUGCGUGCUCUGGCAACCUUGAGCAGCUGCACAGCGCUCAUAGAGCAUCCCUGUUUCCGCAGUUCACACGUUAGAACCCUAAAAUUAACCCUCGAGGCUGUGAGAGCGCAGAAUUUGCUACACCUAGCCCGCCUGGGCUGUAGGCAGGACCUCAACAAUGAGAGUGGCACCGAGGACGCUCUGCGCGGUGGCGUCCCUAUCGCUCGCAGCAGCCCUCCAGGCGCCAGUCACGACGCCGCAGCGAUGCGCGACGGCGCUACGCGCGCACGCCGACCGUCGAGCCCUGCUCCGAGGCCUCGGCGCCGCGUCGAUCACCGUGGCAACGCCGGCCCUCGCGCGGACCGGGUCGCUCAUGGACUCGAAGAAGAAGAACUACGGUUAUAUGGAUGAGCCGGCCCAGGCUUAUCUAUCGGAACCGACCGCAGAAUUCAAAGAGGCCGAAAAACUAAGAGCGGCGUACCGCGAGAAGACGAAGGAGAUUCGGAAGAUCUGGGACCCCGAAUUCGCGAAGUUCCAGGACGCCAAGACGGACGCCGACCGGAUCACGGCGCUCAAGCGUUUAGAGUACUUGAUCCUCGGGAAUCAAGGGUUACCGCCUGGUUUGCGACUCACAGAUUUCAUCACCCUCUGUAGAAGAGUCAAGGCCAAGGCGACCCAAACGGGCGGCUGGAAGACGGACACGGAGAUCGCGUACAUGGACAUGAUCCGGAGCAUCAAGAAGGCCGAGAACCCGAACUACAAGGAGGAGAACUACCUCUGAAUCUUAGGCUUUUAUAACAUUA